GAAAUCUGUAAAAAUUUCUGGUUUGAACAGCCCCACCAACAAGUAACGGAGUCAAGGAUUUCCGUUUUUGAAGCAUUCAACAAUUCAACUACUCACAAUUUUUUGUCUGUAAUAUUUUUCAAAAUCAUCGAUUUGGCUUAUACUACAGACAUGCCUGUUAUUCAACCACUAAAGGGGCCGACGGAGGCCCCUGCAACUUACAAGCAACCUUCAAGGAAAGGGAAGAAGGCCUGGAGAAAGAACGUCGAUGUAACGGAGGUUGAGAAGGGUCUGGAGGAAUUGAACGAGGAAAUCAUCAAAGGUGGUGUAAUUGCUGAGCGACCCUCGGAAGAGCUCUUCGUUCUCGAUACAGUAGGCGAUGCCUCAUUAGCGAAGAAAUUCCCAAAGAAUACUUCAAAGUCUCUAAAGGCCGACGAAAUAAUUGCCGCACGGUCAGCUAUUCCUGCUGUUCCCUUGCGCAAACGCCCAGGAGACAAGACUACCGAUGGCAUUAUCCCGGCUAAGCGACCACGAAGGGAAUAUGUUACACAGAAGGAACUCUCUCGAUUGCGCAAGGUAGCAGACGGGUUUCAUGAAUCUACAAUAGAGGUACUGGAUGCUACUUACGAUCCGUGGGCAGUAGAGGCCAAACCAGAACUACCAGCGGAUAUAGAGGACAAAAGAAUAGAAAAGAAAAAGGCGCCCAAAACUCUGUAUCAGAAACCGAUCUCGCUCCUAGCGAGUGGGAAGAUGCCAAAGGCUGUGCCGAAGCCCACAGGCGGAUACAGCUACAACCCGGACUUUACUGAAUACGAAGCCCGCUACGUGGAAGAAUCAAAUAAAGCUGUCGAAGCAGAGCGCAAGCGCCUAGAAGCCGAAGAGGCGGCACGUCUCAAGGCAGAAGCCGCCGCUAGAUCAGCCGCAGAGGCGGAGGCUGCGGAAGCUCGAGCGGAGUUAUCCGAGUGGGAUGAGGACUCGGAAUGGGAAGGCUUUCAAAGUGAUGGCGAGGAGCUCAAGGUCAAUGCCAAGCGACCAAAACGCAAAUCUCAGGCACAGAGGAACAGAAUUCAAAGGCGAAAGGAGGAGGAGCGCCGACUUAAGCACGAAGCGAAGACCAAGAUCCGAAAAGCGCAACUGGAAGAGAUUAAGCGAAUUGCACAGGAGGUUGCCGAGCGUGAACGCGAACAGAACUUGGCACUCGCAAACCGCGAACAGAACGAUAGCGAUAGCAGUGCUGAUGAUAAUGACGAGGAACUCAGACGCCGUCAACUGGGUCGAAUGAAGCUACCAGAGAAAGAUCUUGAGUUGGUCCUUCCAGAUGAAUUAGCAGAUUCCCUGCGACGUCUCAAACCCGAAGGUAACUUGUUGAAAGACCGUUACCGGAGCUUACUGCUGAGAGGAAAGGUGGAAGCCCGAAGGAGGAUACCGUUCAGAAAACAGGCCAAGACCAAGCUCACAGAAAAAUGGGCUUACAAGGACUUUACCAUUUAGAGUCAGCUGCAUUUUUUCGUAUACGAAAAGCCCACGAUGGGCCUAACUAAUGACAAAUAAAAGAUGAAUAUUAUCGGCGGUAUUCGGUGCUCUGCACGGGAGAAUGCGGUGUUUUCGGUCCUAUGAAGACGCAUUAGAAUCGGAACGAGUUAGGUUAAUUUAGGUACUGUACCUACCUCCUAGGAAUCGGCCAAUACUACGACGUUCCAAUGCAUAAAUUUCUAAGAAUGAGCCCCUAUCUAGUAGAAUAUUCGACAACAAGUUCUGAGACUUACACUCUGUAAUACAUAGCAAAUAUCACUGUUCCAGAUAUCAGGUAACUAACUAAAAUCCCGUAGUUAUUCAUUGUUGACC